UUCAAGCAUGCGCAGUUGCAGUGUUUUGAUUUUGCGAUGGACUACUUUGGUGACAUCGCAGAUGUCACUCUAACAUAUGAGUGUGGUCCAUUAGCCUUUGAGGAUUUCCCAAGGACAGCAGAACCAGUCUACAUAUUAGGGGAACAAUACAGUGUAUUGUAUGAUUUGGAAGAAAUCCGGGAUGAUGUCAGAUCUAGGUUUUGGUUUACAUAUAGAAAGGGAUUUCAGCCUAUUGGUGGGACAGGCCCUUCGUCAGAUGCAGGCUGGGGUUGUAUGUUACGAUGUGGACAGAUGAUGUUAGCACAUGCUCUUGUAGUACGUCAUUUGGGAAGAGGGUGGCGAUGGCAUGGCACUGAUGAAAGGCAUAGAAAAAUCUUGGAGAUGUUUCAAGAUAAAAAGAGUUCAUAUUACUCCAUACAUCAAAUAGCUUCUAUGGGUGUUUCUGAAGGGAAGAAUGUGGGACAGUGGUUUGGACCAAAUACUGUCGCACAAGUUUUGAAGAAGCUGGUUGUCUAUGAUGAUUGGAGUUCUCUAGUGAUACAUGUUGCCAUGGAUAAUUCUGUGAUACAAGAUGAUAUAAAAUGUUUGUGCAAAUGUAAACAUGGAGACGAUCGUGAUAAAUGUGAAAUACGCAAAUCUAUGAAAGCAGAAAGCCAGACGAGAGAUAAAGACUUUAUAAACUAUAGUUCAUGUUCUAGUGAAGCUAGUGACACCUCAUUUCAUAGUGCACCAAGUUCCGAGAUGGAUGUCAGUAUAUGGAAGCCAUUGUUAUUAAUCAUUCCUCUUAGACUAGGACUUACUGAUACUAAUGUUGUUUAUGUUGAAAGUUUAAAGAAAUGUUUAAGUUUAAAGCAGAGUGUUGGUAUGAUAGGUGGCAAGCCAAAUCACGCUCACUGGUUUAUAGGAUAUGUUGGUGAUGAACUUGUGUAUCUUGAUCCACAUACAACACAGGUGUUUGAGGACCCACUGACUAAAGAUGACUCUUUUCAUUGUCAGUAUUCAUGUAGAAUGAAAAUACUCGACCUUGACCCUUCAAUUGCAUUGGGAUUUUAUUGUGGAACAGAGGCCGAGUUUGAUGAUUUGUGUUCAAGUUUACAGAAGUUUAUAACCUGUCGAAAGACAUCAGCCAUGUUUGAGCUUCACAAAGAAAGGCCCUUACAUUGGCCUCCGUAUGAACCUUACACAGCAAGAGUGUCUCCCAAUACUAAAGAGUUUGCCUUAGUUGAGAAGCACUCGAGUGAUAGUGAUGAAGAUUUUGAGCUUGUUGGAUAGUUCAGCACCAACAUACAGCAGUAAAAUAAAUUGAGCCGUGCCAUGGGAAAACCAACAUAGUGGGUGUGCGACCAGCAUGGAUCCAGACCAGCCUGCGCAUCCGCGCAGUCUGGUCAGGAUCCAUGCUGUUCGCUAACAGUUUCUCCAAUUCCAAUAGGCUUUAAAAGCGAACAGCAUGGAGCCUGACCAGACUGCGCGGAUGGGCAGGCUGGUCUGGAUCCAUGCUGGUCGCACACCCACUAUGUUGGUUUUCCCAUGGCACGGCUCAAUUGCUUUUGUUUUACGGAACAAGCAGAUUAUUCAUACAAGCUUUUACUAUAUCUGUUGUACUAAAACUUGUGAAAGUUUAUAGUAAAAUACGCCAGCUACAGCAAAAUAAAGUGGAAUUAUUUUUCAUAAAGAAUUUCAAAGUUAUUUUUUUCAAGAAUUUCCAGUAUAAUUGAGAAUAUAAUUAUACAUUAUAUCUUAAGACCUAACAUUUAAGUUUUUAAUGACUUCAUGGAAAUUCUUGAUUUGUGCUGGAGUACAGAUAUUUGAUAUGGAAUGAUGUUUAGGUGACAGUUGCUGCAAUCAGAGUUGUAUUACAGAUGUAACACUUCAUAUGUGAUAUUUUUUAAUUAAUGUGCAAGUAGUGUAGUUUUACUGUUUAAAUAAUGGUUAAUUCAUGCUGAUAUUUAUAAUUAUUGUGUUAUGCUUUGACAAUAUAAAUAGUACAUGUACACGUGUAUGAUCUAUUUAUGUUCUUAUCAAAACGUUAACAGUAAUAUAAUAUGUCUUGCUGAGGCAUGCUGAUCUGAUUUCGUAGAGUGUUACCUGUGCAGGUCCCCAAAAUCAAUACUGUAAAAUCAUUUAAUUUUAUGGGCAUGAACUUUCAUGGUUUGGGUCAAAACUGGAAUUUCAUUGGGAUAUGAAUUCGUGGAUUUCAACUUCUGAACAUAAAAUGAAUGGGAAUUUUAAUUUUUCGUUGGGAUUAAAAUUCAAAUAUUGACUCAACCACAAAAUCCACAAAAAUUAGUCCCCCACAAAUAUCAAUGAUUUCACAGUAAUGUUCUGAAAAAUUGAUACAGGUAAUGACAGCCCACUGUACAAUGUUCAAAAAUGGAUAUAACAACAUAGAAAAGAUCAGCCCUAUGUUAUGGGUUGCAUAUUGGGUCAAGAUUCCUGUUACUAAAAAUAGAAAAAAAAGCACAGAAAACUUCAGUAAGGACAAUGCAAGAAUCAGAUGUAAAUUUAUUGAAGCUUAUUGUGUACUCACGGUCACUAUUAAUAAAUUGGAAGAAAAAAUGCCCUACACUAUAACUCCAGAUAGAGAAACAAACAUAGGCAGGGCCUCCACUGGGCCUCAGAAAGUUGUAGCCACUUUUUGAGAGAAACUGCCAAAUUGAAGCUGAAUUGCUGAAAUUUGACCUGAUUUUAAUAAAAUUCUUGUCACCACUUACGAAAAUCUGUAGCCAGUUCUUUGAAUUUGUAGCAUUUUGCUACAUUGGCAAAUGGCAGUGGAGGCCCUGAUAGGCUAUAUGUAGGUAAUAUAAAUUCCAAGAUUGGAGUUGUCGCUACAGUACUUGUCAUGUUGUGUAAUUGCUUGGCAGCCUUGUGAAUUCAAUUUGUUUGUUUUAUCUUUUAUUCAUUUGAUAUAUGAAAUAUCUGACGUCAUAUAUAUGCAACUUGCAUACAUAAUUUAUGUUUAGAUUAUUGUUCUUUAAAGUUUAUGGUUUGUUUACGAUGCUAGGGAAUGUUCUGGAUGCGUUUAACAUUUGUUCUAAUUAAUCAUUCAUUCUCACAAGCGAAAGUUGAAAGUACCAUAGAGAAAUGACACAUGUAAUUGGUAAAACUGUAAAAGAAAACAGUGAUAGGCAAAUAUUAGACAAGUCAAAAUGAAACCACACAUUAAUUGUCAAGAAUUGUAAAGUUCAAAAAUAUUCCAAAGUGUAAUGGCUAGUAUAUACUAUAUUUAACAUAAUAUGUAUUUAGUAAUCAGUUUGAACAAUCAAGACAGGUGUUGCAAUAAACAAACAUUGUAAACUUUUCUCAACCAUUAAACCUCUUUAUGAUAGAAAGGACAUCUUAUAUAGUUGAAACAUGUACUGUACUUUAGACAAUCAUUAAACUUGAAGGUAAUGUGAUUAUGCCAAUUAAAUACAGUAUUUUGCUUAAAAGUGCUGUUAAUUCACAUCCGUGUCAGCUUUUUUAUGAAAGGAACUGGAAUGACUGUCUUACUGGUGCAUGACCUGGUUGAAAGAGAUGAACACUUAAUCAUGAUCUAAACACUUGGUUUUGCUGUGACUCUGUGAUUCCAGCAGGUAUAAAAGUGUUGAUUCCAUAUCUUGAUGUGAAUGAGAGGUAAAGUCAAAGUUUUAAGUUCUGUUUUGGCACAAUAUAACCCUGUACUUUGUAACCUAGCUGUAAAGCCCAAAACCACUGUUAAUUCACACCUGCCAAGUCAUUGUGCUUUUUUGCAAUGCAUAAUAUUGUUAUAAAAAUUAAGGUGCUUUACUUGUUGUCUAAUAGUAGGAUAUUUUCUCUAGCUUGACAGUUGACAUUUUGAAUGUGUACUUUUCCUUGUUUGUGAAUGAUAUUAUAAUAUAUGUUUACAUUAAAAGUUUUAUCCAUG